AUAAAGUUAGAGAGAGAUUAAACAGAGAGCGAGCGGAGGAGAGAGGACUAUCACUCCCACUCUGCCACUUUCUCCCACACCGUGAUUAUUUUCUCGGGAAAGUGACAGAAGACAACUGAAAAUGGUGGUCAAGAAAAGUCAAUCAGCAACCCAUUUGGUCAAGGAUUCAAAGGUGGAAGUUUGCAGCAAUGAAGAUGGCUUCAAGGGCGCAUGGUUCCCCGCCAAAAUCAUCGACUCGAAGCCCCUGAUUCCGGCGACGAAGAAGAAAAGAAAGAGCUUUUCUGACGGCAGCAGCAACUCCUUCUCACCAACCAAGGCUGUGGUCCAGUACGAGACUCUGCUCUCCGACGACGACCCGGACAAGCCCCUGACGGAGUUUGUCGAGAUGGGUCAAAUCCGGCCGGUGCCUCCGGACGACAAUGUCGACAGGCCCUUCGAGCCCGGCGACAAAGUCGACGCCUUUCACCUCGACGCGUGGUGGCCCGGGGUUGUGAUCAAGCGCGAGGAGGAUGAGUACACGGUGGGGUUCAUGUACCCGCCUGAUCUGCUUGUGGUGCGGCGGUCCGAAUUGCGUUCUCACUGGGAUUUGGCGGACGGCGUUUGGGUCCGAGCCAAAAAGGAGAUGAUGAUGGUAUCAAAUUUCAGCCCUGGGACAGCAGUUGAAAUGAAUCCGGACGAAGAAAGACUAUUUUAUGCUUGGUUUCCAGCAAUUUAUCUUGGUCAACUGGGGAUCGACUCUUUCUUGCUUCAAUAUAAGAAAUCAAACAACAGUGAUGUUAAAAUUGUUGUACGUGGCCAUCAGAUUCGGCCUCAGCCUCCAAAUUCGACUGAAAGAGAUUUUAGCUUGUUGGAUAAAGUGGAUGCAUUCCAUGACAUGGGUUGGUGGGUCGGAGAUAUUACAAAAGUUCUUAAAGGAAACAAGUAUGCGGUCACUUUAAGUUGCACGAGGCAGGAGAAGGAAUUCAGCCUUUCAGAAUUGAGGACUCACAUGGAUUGGAAUGAUGGAGGAUGGGCUACUAUGAGCCAUGGAAGAUGGAUUACUGAAGUUCGGGAAUUUCACUUUAGAAGGGGGUCUGAAGCACAAUCAAAGCAUUCAUGUCAGAGUUCCAAACGUGAUUAUGAAUUACAAUCUUGUGAGAGUUUCGGAAACUCUGACGUAGGUACACCACUUCGAAAGAAAACACCUUGUUCUAGGAUCUCAGUGAAAAUUCAAUCGAAGCCCUUGAGUCCUUGCACGGAUAAAUUACCUUAUGGAAAGACCAAAAAGAAAUUGAAAAUGUCUCCGCAACCUAAAGAUGAUGCAACAAUUUUAACGCAACCUAAAGAUGAUGCAACAAUUUUAAGUCUUUACAAGAAGUUAAAAGGUGGGCAUUCAGAUGACUCCUUAUCUUUGGAGAAACCAUUUGCAAGGAGAACGCUGGUUAAAACUCUAAACAAAGAAUCCCCAGUUAUUAAUGUUUUGAAGAUUGCGAAACAGAAGGUUAGAGGACUAGAUGAUCAAGCAUUAACUCAUUUCAAAAGAAAAGGCAAGAAAAGCAGUGAAAUCGAAAAGACCGGUGAAGUAAAUGUUGGAGAUGAGCAUGUAAUGGACAACACUGAAUCUUCUGGUAUCAAGUCAGAGUCUGAAGCAACAGGGGGAUCUCAUGCUGAAGCAUCAUGUCUGCUCCGUAUGGAGGGGGUUGGACAAAAUGAAGAUGGAGUGAGCAGUGCAGUAGAAGGGAAUGGAAAACUGACUGCAUUGCUUGUUGAAGGCGAGGAACAUAAUGGCGGUGGAUCUAUGGCUGCGGAUUGCUCGAAUGAUAUAUUCGAAUUGUCUAUGAUCACAAGGUUGGAUUUGAAAGGUGAGAAGCACGAUGGAACUGGAGUUGUUGCUCAAGUUGAAUCGACUGAGACUCAAGUUGCAAAAGAUAAAGGUUCUGAAGAUGCAAUGGUCGAAGAGGAAGCUGUACAUUCUGCAAUGGAUAUCGAUAAAGGCAUUACAAGUAUUACAGUGGGCUCAAGUAACCCUGCUGGGAUUUCCAAACAACAAAGUGAGGUCAGACAACAGGUUGAAACUGGCGUAAUAGGUUCUGAAGAAGCAAUGAGAGAGAUGGAAACUGUGAAUUCGACAAUGGAUUACUUGACACAAGAAGGUCAGGUGGCUGUGACUGGAGUAUUGCCAAAGACAUCUGCUCAUGAUCAACCUUUAUCACUGUGCAUAAAUGAAAUGCAUUCUGUAAAAACCAUAGGUGGUACAAGUAACCCUGCUGGGACUGCCAGCCAACAAAAUGAGGUUAAUGGAAGACAAGUUGAAAUUAGUGUCACAGGUAACCUUGAUGGGACUCCGAACCAACAAAACGAGGUUAAUGGAAGACAAGUUGAAACUGGUGUCACAGAUGGGGCCGAUGCGGAGCAAAACAACAAUGCAGUGAGACAGGUGGAAACUGUUGAUUCUCCAAUGGGUUGCUUGACAAAAGAACUUCAGGUGGCUGUGACUGGAAUAUCCAAAAAGGCAUCUGCUCAUGAUCAACCCUUUUUGUUGUGCACAAGUGAAAUGUAUUCUGUCAAACCUACAGAGGGCUCAAGUAACCCAGCCGAGACUGAUAACCAACAAAAUGAGGUUACAGGUACACAAGUUGAAACUGGUGUCGCUGUUAACAUUGAGCAACAAGACAGUCCAGAUUCGCCAUUUGUGAAAUCUUAUCCUGAAAUUUGGCAAAAAGUUGAAUCUAUGGAUGCAUUUAGAAGAUAUCCGCAAAAACCACAUUUUUAUCCUUUAGUUAAGUGUGGAGAGCUUAGUCGUGAAUCAUUAGCCAUUGCAAAGAUGCUAACCUUUGCCUCUUUGGUUGAGAAGACCUCCAAGUUGAACAUUGAGGUUCCUGACGACUUCUUUGAUAGCAGCUUCCAAGAACUAGGUGAUUUAGAAACGUUUGGAUUUGAUGUCAAGGGAGUACGUGACCGUCUGAACUCUUUGCUAGAAAUGAAAGUUCAGUUGGGGCAGCUUCAGGAUAAGUCAAAGGAAGUUGAAAUUCAGAUUGCUGAGCAAACUCAAGAAAGAAAGAAACAUAAUGAAAAAAUCAGUGGGGUUGCUAAGCAGAUUAAGGACUUGCAGGAUCAACUGGUGGUGCUAAUGUCAGAGGAUGCGGCCAAGGGUACUGAAAUUAGCAGGUUGCAAUCCGAAGAAAACGCCAUCGCUGAAAGCAUUCUGAGCACCCGUCGUAACUUUGAGAAACUGAGCGAAGCAUGGUGAUCCUUGUGAUACCAUUCUUUUGACUGUAAUGGUGAAAGUGAUACCAAGCUAGUCUGUAGUUUAUUUUGUAACAGCUAUUAGCCCUACAAAUGGUGGCAAAAGGUAUCUGUACUGCAGUGUCGUCAGCCAGUAAUUAAGUUAACCUCUUUCUGGUGUA